GGGCGGGGCGGGGGUGUCCGUGCCCAGGCUCUGGAUUGGGAGCAGGGCAGGAGCCGGGCUGGGCCGGCAGCGUGUGUAGCGCUGCACGAAAAUGCACUCGGAUGCCGCCGCUGUCAAUUUUCAACUGAAUUCUCAUCUAUCAACACUGGCAAAUAUUCACAAGAUUUACCACACCCUCAAUAGGCUGAAUCUGACAGAGGACGUUGGUCAAGACGAUCACCAGACAGGAGAGAGCCUUUCAAAGAUUCGAAGAAUAGGAAGUCUUCGGUCUUGCAGUUCAUCAGACUGCUUUAGUAAAGUGAUGCCUCCAAGGAAAAAGAGGAGACCUGCAGCAGGAGAUGAUUUAUCUGCUAAGAAAAGUAGACAUGAUGGUAUGUACAGAAAAUACGAUUCAACUAGAAUAAAAGCAGAGGAAGAAGAAGUAUUUUCGAGUAAGAGAUGCUUAGAAUGGUUCUAUGAAUAUGCAGGCACAGAUGACGUUGUAGGGCCAGAAGGUAUGGAGAAAUUUUGUGAAGACAUUGGAGUAGAACCAGAAAAUGUAGUUAUGCUUGUGCUAGCAUGGAAGUUGGAUGCACAAAACAUGGGCUACUUUACAUUACAAGAAUGGUUAAAAGGAAUGACAUCACUACAGUGUGAUACUACAGAAAAAUUGAGAAAUUCUCUGGAUUACUUGAGAUCUUUAUUAAAUGAGCCUACCAAUUUUAAACUUAUUUAUAGAUAUGCCUUUGACUUUGCACGGGAAAAGGACCAGCGCAGCCUAGAUAUCAAUACUGCCAAGUGUAUGUUGGGCCUCCUUUUAGGAAAAGCAUGGUCCCUUUUUCCAGUCUUUCAUCAGUUUCUAGAGCAAUCAAAAUACAAAGUUAUCAAUAAGGACCAGUGGUGUAAUGUUCUUGAAUUCAGCAGAACAAUUAACCUUGACCUCAGUAACUAUGAUGAAGAUGGAGCCUGGCCAGUGUUGUUGGAUGAGUUUGUGGAAUGGUAUAAAGGAAAACAGAUGACAUAGGAGUUUAACUAUGCACAGCCACUCAAGAGUCACUGUUACCACAGUUAUGUCAACCAUUAGCCAUAAACUGCUAUUUGUAUCAAAGUGCAUGCUGCUUUUCUUGCACUGCAUCCCUUUGGCAGGGAACUUUUGAUGUUUGCUAUUUAACAAGCUAGCUAUGCUUGCUGUUUAGCAUUGUUCUCUUUGAAGGCUGCUUUGCAUUUUGUAUUUACACUACAAAUUGGUGAACUUGCCAGAGUCUUCACUGUGAUUAUGUGUAUAUUGCUGUCUAAAUUUUGUAUAUGUGUAUAAAAAAAAAGCUUCACCUAGGAAUUAUUUCUGCAGAAAUGUAUUGUAAAAAUAAUUUUGUGGCAUAUUUCUAAUCAUCACUUACAUGUCUGUUGAAACUUUAGUUAUUUUGUUUUUCUUUUGGUCUCAAAUGUAACAUUUCAGACUUUCUGGACAUUGUUAUGUGAAAGAACUAUAUACAGUUUCAAUGUUACUAUUCAAGAUGCCAGUUUCUGAGAAGAGAAGACAUGCUAUGAUUUCCUUCAUCAGAAUUUGCCAAACCUGACCUAAUGCUUUAUAGGAAUGGAAUAUUGGUGUCUUAAAAGAGAUAUCUACAUAUAAAUAUUUCAACACUGUCAUAGUUGUAUAUGCCACAGAUGAUUUCCAUUUGAAGAAAAAAGUACUGACUUUUUAAUGUUAAAACUGCAGUAGUCAUUACAGGUACAAAUGAACAAAUUAAAGUACCUUUUAAAAAUGGGUUUUAGACUUUUGUAAAUUGCCUUUGGCAUACUCCUUUUAAUUUUUGGUGUACCAAGAGUGUUUGGACUAUGUUGUGAUCUAGUGAUGCAAUGACAUUGAAAGUUCUAGCUGAAAUAAGUGGUUUGGGGAAUGAAGUAUGCUCACCCCUAGCACAGACAUAAUAAAAGUUUUGGGGAUUUUUUUGUUUGUAACACUAAUCUUUCCAAGGGCCUCCAGCUUCAUGUUUCCAAGUACUUAAAAAUGUGGUAUCAGAAAAAAUACAAUGUUGAGUAGUCUAAAUAUUUUAUUUUUCUUUCCUGUUGGGGAUUAAAGUUUCCUGGCAGAAUGUCCAUUGCAGGCAAUGGGCGUCUAAGACACCAGCAUUAAAUGACAGUACUUUUUUGCAGGGACCACUGCCUAUUUCUCUCAUGUCUUUAUCUGUAUGGAAUGGUUCUAGUGAUUAUUUUGGGAAAAAUGAGUGAAUGGAAUAAUGUUUAAGUUCUGUAAUUUUGUCAUGUUGUCUUUGCCUUACCCUUCUUUAUUAAGUAAUGUUAGUGUUGAUAUUUAUAAAUAGGUUCUUGAAGUAUCCGGUGCUAUUAAACUUUGAUCCCUAAGAAUUUAUUAAAAUGUUAUCGACUCAUGGAGCAUUUAACAAAAAAGGCCAGUGGGUGUUUUGGAACAACAAAUAACAUUAAUUUUCUACAGAAAUAUUUCACAAGGUAUUGGCAGUUUUGUUAUUUCCCUAGAAUGUGAUCCAGGGGAACAGGAGGAAAGUGUUUUUUGUUGGAAGUGAAAUUUUCUUCUAUGUCAAAGGCUCUAGCCUUUCUUCAAGUCAGGAACAACUUGACUUGCCAUUGACUUGACUCCUUUCAGGAUUAAGCAUAGUUUAGAAAAAGCACAUUAGUUUGCUGCCCUGGGCCAGGAAGUUGUAAUUGUGGUGCUCCAGGUGGUCAGUUGUGUUCAGAUCUGUUUGUUGUUGUUCUUGGUUUUUGUUUUUCAAGCUCAGCUGCCAAAGACAAAAACUGUGUCUGUUUGUGUAUAUUUGUAUAUACGUAAAUAUACAAUAUACAUGCAUAUACAAAAACUAGAAUUUCAUGAUUCUAAGAAGAAAAUACUACCUUUCCUGUGAAAUACCUACAUUUGGACUUCUGUAACACUAAAUAGCGCUUUUUAAAGUUAGUAGUGGUAAAACAUACACAGUCAGUGCUUUCCAUGUAUUAAUGCACAUAACCUUAAUUCCAUGUUUGAUGCCAGUUUGCACAAGAAAUUGAGUGGAGUGUGGUAUUUAAUGUUUACAAUAAGCCUCUUAAGAAAACACAUCUUUUAUGAAGACUUCUGAUGUAAAUGUAUAUAUUACAGUAGUAUUACUGUAAGGAAAUACCAGUGGAGCUGCUGGUUUAGUUCUUCAAAGAAUGAACUUAGAAGCAAUAUAACUUUUAACAUUAGGCCAAACUGUGAUUGCCAAGAUUUUAAGUGAAGUAGGUGUAAUUGUUCAUAAAACAUUAAGCUAGCUGUUUACUCUAGGAAACUGUGCAGCAUGAACUGCGUGAAUCCUGCAACAAAUACAAGUUUGUAUAAGAGGUUUUGUAUGUCACAAAUAACUGAGCUUCCAAUAACGGAAGCAAGAGCCAAAGACACUUUUAAUCUAUUACUGUUAUAGGUAUAGCUUUCAUAUAAUGGUUGGCAGAAAUCAGUUCAACUAGGUGUUAGCAGUUUUGCAAAUGUUUAUUAGAAUAAAAAAUUCAGUUAAAAGCAAAGAAAUGGGGGGAAAAAACCUCAGAAAGUACUUGUGCUGUGUAAACAAACAAACUUGUUUAUUUUAAUUUGGGUAAAAGUAACUGGAAGUGAUGGAAAGGAAGAAUGUGUUUGGAAAUGAAUCAGAUGCUGCAAUUUUUUUCAUCCAUUUGAAGCAGUAUGAAUCUGUAGCCAUCAGCAGGUUUAUAAACAUGCAUCUUCAUAAAGUAAACCACAGAUUCAAUUACAGCUAGCAGAGACAGCUUUACUGACAUUAUAGUGAACAAAUGGGCUGAAAUGGACCUGUAUGGUUUGAUGAGCUUCCCUGUGCUAUCUAUCCUGCUGGUUUUGCUACAUAAGCAGAUCUUAACAUUGCCUGCUUCUGUAUAUUGGAGAAACUUCUAAUAGUUCUGGAAACAUAACUAACCUACUUAGUUCAUCUUGCAUUUAGUACAAGUGUGGCAUUUUCUUUUUUUUUAUUACGCCCUGAAAUAUCUGCUGUAUAUUUUUUUUUUUUCUUGUGGGUUACCCUCCCAGCCCUUAUGAAGAGUAAUGUCCAAAAUAUGCUGUUUUCUGGGACAAGACACUGAGAGAUCAUUCCUGAAAAAAUGUCAUGGGUCUUGUGGUGUACUGUUAUAGAACUUCCAGCAGAAACUUGAUGAUCAAUCUACAGCUCCAUUUCUGGUAUUUGGGAGAUGUAAAUUUUAAAGACAGUUAGUGAAAGUGAAACAGUGCCCAGAGACUAUAGCAGUUGAUGUCCUUUGAGAGAUGACAAACAUUUGGAGCUCUAUGGACUCUUAAUAAUCCUAAGGAUGUUUUCAACCUAAAUGAUUCUAUUAAUGUUAGUAAUCAAAACAGUCCAUGAAUUAAAUUUCCUUCUAAAACAAAGUGAUACUAAGUAUUUAAAGUAUUAAUAUAAUUCUCUCUUAUUGUUGUUUUUUCACUUUUUAUCUUUUCCAAGGAAAGCAAGCUGAAGAACAUAGAAUUUACUGAAAUUAUUUGUAUACUUGAGAGUUCAGUUAAAACCUCUUUAACGUUGUCUUUAAGCUACAAUAAAUACUUGGGCUAUCUUUGUGUAGCCAUUUCUAAUUCUGCAGAGGCUUCUCCCAUUUUACCACAAACACACGUGUUUUAUUUAAUCAGAAAUAUGCUCAUACAAUCAAAAUUAGUUACAGCUUAUUGCUACUUGGUUCCCAAGUUACUAUUUUGAAGGGCAAGAAAUGUACUUCAGUUGUGUUAAGGUUUUCCCAGAUUUCUGUUGACCCUUGGUCACAAGUCUAAUAAAUUGUUUGAUACUUUUGGAAUUAAUAUAGGCAGCUUUAAAGGUUAGCCUGUGCCCUGGUUUUAUUUAUAGCUGCUAACAUACCUCUUUCUAGGCCUCAUAUUUUGUCUUUUGUAGAAUCCAUCCACAAACUGAAUAGUUUGUUUUCUGUAAUUGAGACCAAAAUUCAGCUUUUUUUUUGUUUGCUUUUUUUUU